UACCCCAUAGACAAGGAGCUAAGCAGCUUCCUUGCUUUUCUCAUCAUCAGUCUUUUUCCAGUGUAACGCUUGCAGGACCCGGGAAUUAUUGCCAGUUAGGCGAUUGAUCUUGCUCUGCAGGUUACUUGCUCGAGUGGCAGCUUCGAGUCGUGUGACUGAUACAGUGUCAUUAGAUGACACAGAGCUGAUCUCUGCAUCAGCCAGGAGGAAUCAAACCGUGUCACUCCCCUAUGGGACUACCUUCUUUCUACGAGCUAGGAAUUCGUAUGCUUGUGCUGCUGCUCCUGCCGCCGUUGCUGCUGCUACAUCUUUUCGAGCAGGGCUGUGAAUGAGCAUUGCCAGUGGACAGCAGCGGAGAAGAAUGAUAGCUGUCUCUUUUAAAUGCCGAUGUCAAAUCCUGCGGAGAUUGGUUAAAGAUGAGGGUCCUUACACAAAGUCGGCAAACCAGAGUAAGGCACCGGAUGGGGCUUUGGCAGUCAGAAGACAAAGCAUCACAGAAGAGUUCAAGGGCUCCACUGUAGUUGAAUUAAUGAAGAAAGAAGGUACCACAUUAGGGCUCACAGUAUCAGGUGGGAUUGACAAGGAUGGGAAGCCGAGAGUAUCAAAUCUACGUCAAGGAGGAAUCGCUGCUAGAAGUGACCAACUGAAUGUGGGAGACUAUAUUAAAUCUGUGAAUGGAAUCAACCUCACAAAAUUCCGCCAUGACGAGAUCAUCAGUUUGCUGAAGAAUGUUGGUGAACGAGUGGUUCUUGAAGUGGAAUAUGAGUUGCCUCCCGUGUCAAUACAGGGGUCAGGGGUGAUCUUUAGAACUGUGGAAGUUACUCUACACAAGGAAGGCAAUACCUUUGGAUUUGUAAUACGAGGAGGGGCACACGAAGACAGAAAUAAAUCUCGUCCUGUUGUAAUAACUUGCGUUAGACCUGGAGGACCCGCUGACAGAGAGGGUACAAUUAAACCGGGGGACAGACUGCUGAGUGUCGAUGGGAUACGUCUUCAUGGGACAACGCAUGCAGAAGCCAUGAGUAUUCUAAAACAGUGCGGCCAGGAAGCAACACUGCUGAUAGAGUAUGAUGUUUCUGUGAUGGAUUCUGUAGCCAACGCCUCUGGCCCAUUAUUAGUGGAAGUUGCCAAAACUCCUGCUUCCAACCUCGGAGUAGCACUAACUACCUCGAUGUACUGCAACAAACAGGUCAUAGUGAUAGACAAAAUCAAAUCUGCAAGUAUUGCUGACAGAUGUGGGGCAUUGCAUAUUGGUGAUCACAUCCUAUCCGUAGACGGCACAAGUAUGGAAUAUUGCACAUUAGCUGAAGCCACUCAGCUUUUAGCUAGCACCUGUGAACUUGUAAAACUUGAGAUCCUCCCGUACCACCAGACUCGCUUGGCUUUAAAGGGUCCGGAUCACGUAAAGGUUCAAAGGAGCAAGGACGGCCAAUCUCCCUGGGACACCUCUGCCAACAGCCACAGCCGCCUCCUCACCUGCCAACAUUAUAACACCUACCACCCUGAUCAUAGCAGGACGCCAGCCAUCAAAUGCCAGAAACCACCUCCUCAAAAACUCCUUCCAGCAUUGGUAUCCUCGUCCUUUUCUCCUACCUCCAUGAGUGCGUAUAGCUUGAGCUCACUCAACAUGGGCACCCUACCUCGCAGCCUUUACCCCACCAGUCCACGAGGGACAUUGAUGAGAAGGAGACUAAAGAAGAAAGACUUCAAAAGCUCACUAUCCUUGGCCUCUAGUACUGUUGGCUUGGCAGGCCAAGUUGUGCACACUGAAAGCACAGAAAUUGUUUUGACAGCUGACCCCAUUGUGGGAUUCGGGAUUCAGCUCCAAGGCAGUGUAUUUGCUACAGAGACCUUGUCUUCUCCACCUUUGAUAUCCUAUAUUGAUGUUGACAGCCCAGCUGAAAGAUGUGGAGUCCUGCAGGUGGGGGACAGAGUGAUAGCAAUCAAUGGGGUUCAGACUGAAGAUAGCACUUUUGAAGAAGCCAAUCAGCUUUUACGAGAUUCAACGAUUGCAGGAAAAGUCACACUGGAAAUCGAGUUUGAUGUUGCAGAGUCGGUAAUUCCUAGUAGUGGAACAUUCCACGUGAAACUACCAAAGAAACACAACGUGGAACUGGGCAUCACCAUAAGCUCUCCUUCCAGUCGUAAACCUGGUGAUCCCCUGGUUAUCUCAGACAUAAAGAAAGGAAGUGUUGCGCACCGCACCGGCACACUGGAGCUGGGUGAUAAACUUCUCGCCAUUGAUAACAUUCGGCUAGACAACUGCUCAAUGGAAGACGCUGUUCAAAUAUUGCAACAAUGUGAAGAUCUCGUGAAGCUGAAAAUCCGCAAAGACGAAGAUAACUCGGAUGAACAAGAAAGCACAGGAGCCAUUAUUUAUACUGUUGAACUGAAGAGAUACGGAGGACCUCUGGGAAUCACUAUUUCGGGAACUGAAGAACCUUUUGAUCCCAUUAUCAUCUCAAGCCUAACUAAAGGGGGGCUAGCUGAAAGGACUGGUGCAAUCCACAUAGGAGAUCGGAUUCUUGCGAUAAAUAGUAACAGUCUGAAGGGAAAGCCUUUGAGUGAAGCCAUUCAUUUGUUACAGAUGGCUGGAGAGACAGUCACUUUAAAAAUCAAAAAGCAGACUGAUGCUACAAGUCCCAAGCCGUUUGCAUCAUCGAGCAGGAUAAGUGAGAUGUGCGAUGCUGAUGAUGAAACUCCCGUCACACAGAAGUCGAGCAAUCUCUCAGACAUUUAUUCCACCACCGUCCCCAGUGUAGACAGCGCCGUCGAAUCCUGGGACGGCUCUGCUGUUGACGCUGCUUUUGGCAGUCAAGGUCCUAACUUCCAGGCAUCGGGAUUUAGUUUCAAUGCUUAUGAAUGGAGAAACCCUAAACAGGGCAGCUUAUCACCCCUAAGUAGAUCAAGCAGAAAUCACUACCAGGAUACGGGUCUUAGUGACGAUGAAUGGGACAGACCAACAGCCAGUGGAUAUCCUGGAGAGCCAGAGGAACCAGAACAUGAUCAGGAGGAGAAUUUCUGGUCUCAGGCACUGGAGGACUUGGAAACCUGCGGUCAAUCAGGCAUUCUAAGAGAAUUAGAGGAGAAUGCUGAUACACAUGCACAUUGCAGCAACACGGUUCUCUUGGCAACUAUCAUGUCAGGAAGCACACUGAGCUUGAAUCAUGAGAAUUCCCAGCCUCGCGGGCAGCUCGGGCGACAAGCAAGCUUCCAAGAAAAGAGCUCUCUCAGGCAGCACUACAGCCAGAAUGCCCGCAGCAACACUCUACCAUCUGACUCUGGAAGGAAGUCUGUAGCCAUGAGAAAAAUUAAACAAGAAUUUAAAGAAAUCAUGUCACCCACUCCAGUAGAGCUACACAAGGUGUCUUUAUUUAAGGACUCUGAUCGAGAGGACUUUGGAUUUAGUGUUGCUGACGGUUUACUAGAAAAGGGUGUAUAUGUGAAGAAUAUCCGUCCCAAUGGCCCUGGAGAUGUAGCAGGUCUGAAGCCAUAUGACCGGCUGUUGCAGGUCAAUCAUGUCCGCACCAGAGACUUUGACUGCUGCUUAGCUGUUCCACUUAUCGCAGAAUCCGGAAACAAACUUGAUUUAGUUAUUAGCAGAAACCCAAUAGCAUCUCAGAGUGAAGCACCAGAUGUAGCAAGCCUCCCGCUAGAGGAAUGGACAGACCACGACCCCUUCUCACAACAAGGAAGUGGACGUCUGGCAGGAGUGAACAUGAGAGAUUCUACCAAUACUUUAUAGCAAAAAGCAUUUUAAUUUAGUAAAAUAAAUUUUUGACAAAAGUAAGAAACUGGUGCUAAUUCCCUGUCGUAUAAUUGGGCUGUGAUGUUUCAGACACCGAUAUCGCCAUGCAAAGCUACUGUUAAGCACAGGGGAGAUAAACUACCGGUACUUUCUAAUCCCAGAUGGAGGAAACCAAUGUUUUUAUUGAUCAGAUAGUACUUUGUGACCACACUUAAAAUAUUAGUGCCAUUCCAAGUUUGACCCGUGAACAAACAUAUGGGGGCUUUUUGUAAUGUGCAAUGAAAGGUCUGGAAUUAAAGUGGCUUAUUUCCAAAAAACUGUCCGUGUACCACGCGAAGAAUCUAUUAUUACUACCAGACCUGUACGUGUGUUUUAAAGCUGCUCAUGGUGUGGAGCAGGAUUUUUUUAAAUCAUUGUUUUUGUACAUUAUUUUCACUUUUGUCUCAGACCAGGAAUCAUAUCUACCAAGUCGAUGCGUACUCCUUGGUUAAAUGGGCUGCGCUUUAAUACAAAUGCUCAUUGUACAGUAUGUGGUUUAAUUCUUUAACGUCUUACAUAAAACUUUCCGUAAAUAGAGAAAAUUUAAAAAGAAAAGUCGUCAUUUAUGUGUAGUCAUGUUUUUGAAGAAUUUUGAAUUCCAGGUAAAAUACCAUUGGUCAAAGACUCCCAUUAGUGGUCCUAAAUCCCAAGCGCCGCGGGCAUCAAAGCACUCUGGUCCUAACCCUGUAUUGCCUGUUCUAUAUUUCACAUCCCUGGUGCGUUUUACAUUGUGAGAGCUGACUAACUCUGGUGUUUGUGUUGUAUAAAUAAGACCUUUAGCAUCAAACUGGUUUCCCCAAGCCAUGUGUCAUUGUUGUUUUAGAGUUGUACAUGUGUUAAAAGAUCUUUGCCAACCGUUUAUCCCUCCAAGCAAUAAAGAGAUUCUUGUUUUGAUUGGGUACUCACCAGCAGCUCAAAAUCUGACACACACCACUGGCCUUUGCCAACUUCGAGAGUCUCCGGCAGAGGAACGCAUGUAUCCAUUAGUCUGUGAAAGUUCCACCUACUGCUGUGAUGGUUAAUAAACAGGUUGCAUUUUCCUGAACCAACGUGCUGUGUUCAAAACACUGCCAGUGAAUAUACAAAUUUAAAAUUAAAAGUAUAUGGGAAGAAAAAUCAUUUAUCAUGUCAAUUAAAUAUGUAUUUUUGUUUGUAACAAACAAGUAUUAAACUGUAAAGUAUUUUUGUACAAAUUUAAUACUUUAAUAGCAUGACAUGAAUUGUCUAUGUAUGGUUUUGGGAAUUGAACCUACUGGAAAUUUGUAUGGAACAAUCAUAAUGUACAAACCACAAUAAACAAAGAUUUUAAA